AUGAAGUUCCUCUACGUCGUCCAGACCUUAAUCGCCUUCGCCCUGGCCACGCCACUGCCUGAGACGGCUGCUGAAGUUGACCUGCAGAAUCGAGGAGAUUCUAUCGGCAUAUCCUCUGUCCUUGUGCGUGAUGAGCUGCGCAAUGGCGGCAGCGCGUGCCCCAAGGCCAUUCUCAUCUUUGCUCGAGGCACAAUGGAGCUGGAUAACAUGGGUUUAUUAGUCGGACCAGCUCUUGCAGGUGGCUUAGAAGGUAUCCUGGGUUCAAACAACCUCUGGGUCCAAGGUGUAGGUGGUCAAUAUGCUGCCAACCUCGAGGGCAAUCUGUUUCCAGAUGGAACACCUCCUAAAGCCAUCCAGGAGAUGCUUAGCUUACUCCAAUUGGCGGACACCAAGUGCCCAAACUCUAAGAUUGUUACAGGGGGGUAUAGCCAAGGUGCUGCACUCGUGGCUGCUGCUAUUCGCGACGUCAAGGCUUCCAUUCGACAAAAGAUUGUGGGAACCGUACUCUUUGGGUAUACCAAAAACAAACAGAGGAACGGGCAGGUCGAAAACUACUCAACUGAUCGGCUUCGGGUCUAUUGUAACCUCGGAGACUUGAUUUGUGAGGGGACCUUGAUUGUUCUACCACCACACCUUCUUUAUGGAGUUCAGGCUGCUGGCCCAGCAGCCCAAUUCCUCGCCAGCAAGAUCAAUUAG